UCCAAAUACCGUAUAGCUACAGCGUCAUGCUCCGGAAAUUACAGACAAACGGCUCAACUCGACAAUACAAACGGUGAUAAAGGGAUUCGUUUCGAAACGUUGAGAGUGCUCUGACCUAUUUUCUUCACCAACCUCAAAACACCACAAAGCUUCCCUCCCCUUCUGUUUGCUUGCUGGCAGUGGAAGUAUAUGGAUCUCUGAGACUCAAUUCAUUUUGUCUUUUUCGUGGAUGGAGUGUGUCGGAAAAGGAUCGGUGCUUUGAUUUGGAAGGUAGCUCCGGAAUUCUUUGACUACCUGUUGAAAUGGCGACCUACAAUUCGACCUCUGAUUGUAAUGGGAACAAAAGUGACUGCUGCACAACUGUGGUGUUGAACGUCUACGAUCUCACCCCUCUUAACAACUACACUUAUUGGAUUGGAUUCGGAAUCUUUCACUCUGGCAUUGAAGUAUAUGGCAGAGAAUUUGGGUUCGGAGCUCAUGAAUAUCCAACAAGUGGAGUUUUUGAAGUGGAGCCAAGGAAGUGCCCUGGAUUUAUAUAUAGACGUUCAAUCACUUUGGGCCAAUUAAAUAUGCGUCCUUCAGAGUUUCAGAUGUUUAUUCAAAAUAUGGCUUCAGAGUAUUAUGGGGAUAGCUAUCACCUUAUCUCUAAGAAUUGCAAUCAUUUUACAGAUGAUCUCUCCCGCAGAUUGACUGGAAAGAGGAUCCCUGGCUGGGUGAAUCGUCUUGCCAAUCUAGGUGGUCUGUGUAGCUGCCUGCUUCCUGAAAGCCUUCAAGUAUCUAAUGUUAAACAACAAAUGCCUGAAUACCACGUCAAUACGGAUGACGACGAUCAAGAAACAGAUGAUGAUCAAGAAAUAGAUGACAACCAAGAAGAGAAGCACCUUCUUUCUCCGUUGCCUAGAUCUGAAGAUGUUUUUGUUGUUAAAGGGGUCCAAGCAAAAUAAAAGCAAUGAGUUUUGGGUGAUAAAAAGAACUCACAGCGAGAAUGAAACACUUAAGAUGUAGGUUUCUUGCAUGAUUGUCACAGUAUAUUGGACUUGCAUUGGCUUUUUCCUUAGUUCUCCCAUUCAUUAUGCCUGAAGCAUUGAAACAAGACCUCGUGUUGUAUUGUCUUUCGUAUGACAUCUUUUUAGGGGAUAAUUAGCCAAUUAGGUUUUUGUGCACUAGGAUUAUUUCUUUGUGAGGCUCCUAGCCCCGUGAAUGACAUUAACACGUAGAAAUUGUCUAAAUUGUGAUUAUUUAAGAGCACCUGAGCCAGUUUCUUGAA